AUGGCCUCCUCCAUUUCUGCAGUGAUAGUAAUGUGGGUGGUUGCAAUGGCCGCGACAGCAGCAGCGUCAUCACAGACAUGGAUUGAGGGUGAGGCUCUGCGCAAGAGCACUUGGUGGCGGUCUUACAAUACUACUACAGGCCAUUUUAAUUGGCCACGCAUAAGCCAUAAUGCGGGGGAAAGCGUCAUUGAGAUUUGGACAGUUCCAACUCAAGUAAAUGGGCUGCUUACCCAAUUUAACUUCUCUUCAUUUCCAAAUCUGGUUCGGCUAAAUUUUAGCUAUCUUGGCCUAAAUGGUGACAUCCCACAUCAAAUAGGUACUUUCACAAAACUCACCCACCUUGAUCUUUCUCACAACUUUCUUUCUUGUGAGCGACCUUUUUCUCUGAAUAACCUCACCAAGUUAGUGGAACUCAAUCUUGGUUAUAAUCAUAUAUCUGGCCAAAUCCCAUGUGAAAUUGGGAAUCUGAGAAAUUUGGUUGGCCUAGACUUAGAUGGUAACUGUCUCAAUGGUGCUAUUCCUUCGUCUUUAAGCCAGUUAACCCACUUAACUUCUGUCUACAUUGGUUGGAACCAAAUGGAGGGUCCAAUCCCUCCUGAAAUUUGGAGUUUGAAGAGCUUAGUUGAUAUCUACUUGGAUCAUAACAUUCUCACUGGUGUCAUUCCCUCGUCCGUGGGCCAUCUCACCAAUUUGACUUCUCUCCACCUUGCUUCGAAUCAAAUCACAGGGUUAAUCCCUUAUGAAAUUGGGAGUUUAAAGAAGUUAGUUGAUUUGGCCUUGGAUAAUAAUAAACUUGUGGGUGUGAUCCCCAAGGAACUGGGUAAUUGCUACAGCUUGCGUUAUUUGUCUCUGAAAUUCAAUCGUUUAAUUAGGCGAAGUAGCAAAAUGGCUUGUUGUUUUGCUAUUAACAACUAG